UGGAUAUAGUACAAAAAGGUUAGAUACAAAAUCUGUAACCAACAACAUUCAAAUGAGUCAUAAACAAACAUGUGUUUUGAGCUUUCUUUUCUUCUUCGUUCUCAUCUUAUCCUGUGGAGCUUCAGGGGUUACUAUUUCGGUUAUCAAUGAUUGUGGCUUCACUGUUUGGCCUGGAAUCUCUGGCAGCCCUGUUCUCGAUAUCACCGGAUUCGAGCUCGCAAAGGGGAAGAGUCAGACCUUACAAAUUCCUGAAGUAUGGCAUGGUCAAAUCUGGGGUAGGACCGGUUGCACCUUCAAUGCGUCAGGUCAUCUGUCAUGUAAAACAGGCGAAUGUGGCUCCGGUGAAAUGGGGUGCAACGGAAGAGCAGCAACCCCACCUGUUACACUUGCGGAGUUUGAGGCCACAGGGUUCAAAGAUUAUUAUUAUAAUAUCAGUCUUAUCAAUGGCUAUAAUUUACCAAUGACUAUGGAGGCUGGUGGGUCAAGUUUAAAGGUACUUAAUUGCACGAUAACAGGCUGCAGUGAUGGUUUGAACCAGCUCUAUUGCACAAAAACAGGCUGCGUUGAUGAUUUGAACCAACGCUGCCCGAUAGAGCUGCAGUUGGAGAGUGGAGGAGGGUGUAAGAGUGCAUGUCAGACCUUUGGCACGCAGGAGUAUUGUUGCGACAACUCUUUAACAUUAGGGAUGUGCGAGCCGACAGCAUACACUCAGUUCUUUAGAUCAGCGUGCCCAAGAUCUUCUUAUGUAACCGGGUUUAUAAGUGGUGUCAGAUUUUGUGAUGAUGUGAAUUACACUGUCAGAUUUUGUCCCUUUGUUGACACAUUUUCAACGAUCAAACUUGGCGGCCAACUCAAUUACUAUGACCAGCUUGUCUCCAUCCGGGGAAAUUUCACGCUAGGAUUCUUCAAUAGCAAUGGUUUUUACUUGGGAAUUUGGUACACCGAUGAUGCUGAAGCCCGAAAAGUAUGGGUCGCCAAUCCUAACAAGCCAAUCAAAUCCAUAUCAGCAGGCAUCAUGAGCCUCUCCAUCGACCCCAACACAGGAAACUUGAUCAUCACUACUGGAGGGACGACUCUGAUGAAUAUUACUGAUGUUCAAGCAGGUCCAAACCCAAACGUGACUGCAACACUUGAAGACACAGGUAACUUCCAACUGAUUAACGAAAUCGACAAGAGGGUUUUGUGGCAGAGUUUUGAUCACCCAACGGACGUGCUUUUACCGGGUAUGAAGCUUGGUUUUAACAUGAAAACAGGGCAGAACUGGACCCUGGCUUCUUGGCUGACUAAAGAAGUCCCUCCUCCAGGUGCUUUUACUUUGAGCGUCGAACCUAAUUAUAAAGGAGUUCGGACACUAAUGAUUCGUCGACGAGGCAAACCCUACUGGACGAGAAGUCUAUCCAAUCACAUAUCAUUCGAAGAUCUGUUUACAUUAGAUCACCGAGGUAGGCAACCUUAUUAUAAUCUAACAUCUGUUUACAACGCAGAAGCAUGGUACUUGAGCUAUGAAAGUAGUUAUCUUGAGUUUCCAAUGUGGAUUUUGACACCAGAAGGGCGAAUUACUGAUGAUGAUAGUUUUGUGCUUUGGACUCCUGAAUUUUGUUAUGGGGACGAUUCAAGUAAUGGUUGUGUCGAGUCCAGUUUUCCCCAAUGCAGGAAUUUGACAGGUGUUACUGAUAACUUCGAUGAGAAAAAUGGAGAGUUUGAUCCUCGCACUGCAAGUGCUACUGAUAGCAACUCAAGCCUAAGUAUCAGUGAUUGUUUUGCUAAAUGCUGGAAUGAUUGCAGUUGUGUGGGGUUUAAAAGCCAUACGAUCGAUGGAACCGGGUGUGAUUUUUGGAGUGGAAGCAAAAGCAAUAGUUUUUUGGUGUACCCGAUUGAAUCUUGGUCAAAUUCUAGAUCAAAGUAUGUGAUCAGUUCCCUUAAUCUGGUUAGUUCAAGUACAGGUUCCCUUAAUCUGGUUAGUUCAAGUACAGGAAAGAAAACCAAAAGAAAUAUGACAUGGAUAUGGAUAUGGACUUCCAUUGGUGUUUCUAUUCCUUCGAUUUUUCUCUGUUUUGCACUUCCAUGGUAUAUGAAGAAAAGAAGACAAACACGAGAAGAAAACCAGAGACGGAAAAGAGAUGAAUAUUUCCUUGAGCUAAUAGCCUCAGAAAGCUUCAAGGAUGUGCAUCAACUUGAAAGCAAUACCAGGAAUGGAAAGGAUCUGUUAUUGUUUAGCUUUGCCUCCAUCAUGUCUGCCACUGGUGAUUUCGCUCUUGAAAAUAAGCUCGGACAAGGUGGUUUUGGACCUGUUUACAAGGGAAAACUAAGCGAUGGGCGAGAAGUUGCAAUCAAAAGGCUUUCAAGAACAUCAGGGCAAGGGCUUGUGGAGUUCAAGAAUGAACUAAUACUCAUAGCCAAGCUCCAGCACACAAAUCUUGUUCAGGUUCUUGGGUGUUGCAUUCACGAGGAAGAAAAGAUGUUAAUAUACGAGUAUAUGCCUAACAAAAGCUUGGAUUUCUUCCUCUUUGAUGAAAGAAGAAAGGCUGAGCUGGAUUGGCCUAGACGGUUUAACAUCAUUGAAGGAAUUGCUCAAGGGUUGCUAUACCUGCAUAAGUACUCAAGAAUGCGAGUUAUUCACAGAGACCUAAAAGCUAAUAACAUUCUGUUAGAUGAGAAUAUGAACCCAAAGAUUUCUGAUUUUGGUAUGGCAAGAAUGGUCAAGGAUAACGAGACUGAGGCGAUGACUAACAGGGUUGUAGGAACAUAUGGUUAUAUGUCUCCGGAGUAUGCAAUGGAAGGGACAUUCUCCAUGAAGUCUGAUAUCUUCAGCUUUGGAGUCCUAAUCCUGGAAAUUAUCAGUGGCAGAAGAAACAGCAGUUUCAUUCAUCUUGAUCGCACAUACAAUCUUAUCGGAUACGCAUGGGAGCUGUGGCAACAAGAGGAUGCAUUGGAGUUGGAGGAUCCAACAUUUGGAAAUACUUUUGUUGUACAACAAUUCUUGAGGACUCUUCAUGUGGCCCUUCUCUGUGUACAAGAAAGUGCAGUGGAUAGACCAACAACUUCAGAUAUGAUCUCCAUGCUUCUCAACGAUACCAUAUCGUUACCUGCUCCAAAAAGACCAGCAUUCUUUAAUGGAAGAGUCGAGUCAAAUUCAACUCCAGAAGAAAGCAAACCGAACCAUUACUCUGUGAACGGUAUGACCAUCACUGUUAUGGAGGGUAGAAGGUAGCCGCGUUUCUUUAGUUAUGUUGAUCAUUAUUUGUGUAACAUACUAACGUUAUUGGAUAGUGGACAUACUCUCAUUAAUGUAAAGUGUGAACUCGAUGUUGAUCGAAUCUAGUUAAUAAUUUGGGCAUUUUAAUUAUCUUACUGUCUGCACAAAACCUGUAUUAUUUCACCAUCAACCACAUAGUCUGAGUUUCUUUGAUUU